AAAAAAAAGAGAAAAUUUAAAUAAAAAAAGAAAAAUUUACUUUAAGUAAAUAAAAUAAAUAAAUAAAUAAAAUUACAAAAAAAAAAUCAAACAAACAAACCCAAGAGUUUGUUUAAAAGUGUGAAAUUUAAAUAAAAUCAACAAAUAAAAAUCUUGAAAAAAGAGGUGCGCGCGCCUGCUCUUUGUUGGCCGAGUGUUGUUUUUAUGUGAAAUAAAAGUGAUUUAAGAUUUCAUACGGCAAAGAAAAAAAAUUUAAAAUUCAAUACCUGUCUUCAUUAUUUAGUGUUUUUUGUGUUGCCUUGUGCCGCUGCUGCCAUCACUAACUGACGUUCAGACAACAUAUUUCUACUUCAUUGAGAGCUGUUUUGUACGUUUUUGGAUUUUAAUUGUGAUAAAUCGCUUUUUACAUGUUGUAAUCGCUCUCUUAGUUGCGUCAUGGUAUGAAGGAACCGACGACUAACAACUUGGACGAUAUUGUGCCUGGCAGGCUGACGUCAGCCGAAUUAAGGGCGAUGGCACUACGUCAACAGCAACAAAUUGAUUCACAACAUCAACUGUUGGCCACAAAGGAGCAACGUUUACGGUUUCUGAAACAACAAGAGGUACGAAAUGCUGUUGCCAAUGCUGAGGGUGAACGUUUGCGGCGUUUACGUGAGCGUGUCGAGGCUCAAGAAUCGAAAUUAAGACGUUUACGUGCUUUAAGAGGUCAAGUUGACUUGCAAAAGACCUACAAUGUUACACUGAGCAACGAUUUAGACUCCAUACGAGCGUUAUUCAGUGAAAAAGAAAAAGAAUUAAGUUUGGCAGUGGCCAAAGUAGAAGCUCUUACUAGACAAUUGGAAGACUUAAGACGAGAUCGAAGAUGUCCCAUAAAUCUUAUAAAUGGUGGCAGUACAACCGGUCAACCGUUGCCGCCUCAAGCCUCCCGGGAAUUGGAAAAAUUAAGAAGAGAAUUGAUGUAUCGAAAUCAAUUGUCAUUGCAACAAGAUGCACGUCUCCACUUACAACGAGAAGCCUUACAACAAAGACAAGCGGAAUUGCGAUCUGUCGAUCAAAGAAUUUAUGAGUUGCAAACACGUUUGCAACGCAAAAAAGCCGCCAAUGUACAAAACAAUCAACAAAAUAUGAGUCCACCGCAUUUAAUGCAACAGGUACAACAACAGCAACAAAACACACAACAAGUACAACAGCAGCAGCAGCAACAGCCACCUUCUAGCCAAAAUCACAACUCUUACAGCAGUAGUAAUAGCACUAGCAACAACAACAAGAGCAAUGAUAUAAACUAUCCUACGAAUGUGGCACCCAAAACAGGUGUAGCAGCACUCAAGCAGCAACUGCUGCAGAAACAAGCCAAUCAGGCAGCCGCCAAUGGCCAGGCUUACAACAAUAAAUUCGCAAACAUUAUAAAUCGUGGUGAAAAUCGUAAUAUACCACGUGGAAAUGUGGCCGCCGUAGAGCCCUACAUACACACACCUCAAAAGUCCACCAUCACACCCACCUCCUCCUAUUUGGGUAACAUUUUGAAGCAUGCUGCGGCGACAGCCAACACAAACCAACAAAAUCAGCUAAUACAAGAUCAUGCCCAUGUCAAGCUGACUUUGACCCAUGGCAAUAAUGCGGGCUCUAACACCAGCCCCAAUUUCUUUACAGCCGAGAGUGAUGAAUCAAAAUUGGCCAAGAAAAUGUUAACGGCUGCCAUCACCAACAAGAACACUCUCAGCAACGAGCAACAUAAUCAAACGAACUCUGAACCACCCAAGGUAGAUACUUCGCAUCAUAUUUAUGCGGAGGUGGGUCCAAAGAAACGGGACCUGGUCAAAGAAGUUGCAGCAAAUUUAGAAGCUCAAACUAACCCCAACGCUAACUCAACGCAACAAGCUACCAGCAAGAUUCCCAAAAGUAUAGCAUCCAAUAGCUCAGCCUCGGCGCUGAUAAGUAAAUUGAAUAGUGCCACGACGGCAACAUCUCACAUACCACAAAGGGAAAAGUCGGAUUUGGAAAAGAAAACUGAUAUAUCGGUUACUAGUGAAACGCUAUUGGAGAAGAAUGCCCAUCAGUUAACAGUGCACAGUAUGCCUUUGGGAACGGCCAAUAAAUCGGUGGCUACGGGUGUGGCCAAUGCCAUUUCUCCCACUUCCUCGAGCAACACCAACACCUCCAAUGCAAACUCGAAUGAAAAAUCGAAAAACUCAGCUGCUGGCAGCCUAGUUGUUCCUCCACGUAAACCCAUAAGUAGCGUGGCGCCCACAUCUGUCACUAGUGCCAUACCGAAAAUGAUCACCUACAGUCCCAAGGUGAAUAGAGUGGCGCCAAAUGUGGUGUGCUCUACAGCUACACCACUAAGCAGCUCCAAUAGUAACAACAAUAACAAUAAUAGUGAUAGACCAGCCUUGCCACCGAAACCCAAUAAAAUGUCACCAAACGAAGCGAACCAAGAAACCUCUACAAAUUCAACAAAUCCCUCGACGAAAAAGACCUCAGCAGAACAGCAAGCAGCUGCGUCUUCCAGCUCUUCUUCUUCAUUACCCCUACAAAAUAUCAAUGAUAAUUUGCCCAUCAAGGCCAAACCAUUGACCAUACGCAAACAACCGCUCUCCGAACAACCCCGACUAAAAUCUUCCUCUAACAUAACCAAACCCUCAAGUCAACAGCAAAACAACCGUAAACUGGAACUCAAUUCCGCCAAUGGUUAUCUGUUCAAUGAACGAAGAUCGAACAACAAUGAGCUUUCCUCGGAGACCAAUAGUGAGGCCAACUCCACACCACAAUAUUCUCCUAAUCUUCAAUCACAACAACAGCAGCAGCAACAACAACAGCAACAUGGUACACAUUCUCCCAACACUUUAUCACCUCAAUCGCAAAGCAGUGUUGACGAACCUGAUCGUAGUGAAAAUUCCAAUAAUUCACCUCUGGAGAAAUCCUCGCCCGAUAGUCUAAAGCGCAGAAUGCGUUCGUUGUCGGCCGGCAAUGCUACCACCAAUGCCAGCAAUGGCAAACCAAAACUAACGCGAAGAGUUAGUUUCGAUCCUUUGGCUUUGCUACUCGACGCCAGUUUAGAGGGUGAAUUGGAGUUGGUGAAGAAAACCGCCAUGCAGGUGCCCAAUCCUAGUGCGGCCAAUGAUGAGGGUAUAACAGCUCUACACAAUGCCAUCUGUGCGGGUCAUUUUGAUAUAGUCAAAUUCCUGGUUGAAUUUGGUUGUGAUGUCAAUGCCCAAGAUUCAGACGGUUGGACACCUUUACAUUGUGCUGCCAGCUGCAAUAAUUUGGCCAUGGUUAAGUUUUUAGUGGAAAAUGGUGCCUGUUUGUUUGCCGCCACUUUGUCGGAUCACGAGACGCCAGCGGAGAAGUGUGAAGAAGAUGAAGAGGGUUUCGAUGGCUGCUCAGAGUAUUUAUACAGUAUCCAAGAAAAACUUGGCAUACUUCAUAAUGGUGAAGUAUACGCUGUAUUCUCGUACGAGGCCCAAAACAGUGAUGAAUUAACCUUCAAUGUUAAUGAUCAUUUAAUCAUUUUACGCAAAGGUGACGAUGCUGAAAGUGAAUGGUGGUGGGCUAAAAAUGAACAAAACGAAGAGGGCUACGUGCCAAGGAAUCUGUUGGGACUCUAUCCUAGAGUGCCGCCUCAGACAACCAACUACACUGAUUAGCAGUUAAUCAGAUUUUGUGUAUUGAAAAAGAAAGCGGGACGUCUAAUACAAAAGCACUAUGUAUCAAAAUUUUUGUAAUGAUUUAUUAAAUGUUUUUUUGUGUUUUGUUUAACUAUUAUUUACUUUAUGAUUUCAAAAAAUUAACAUUAACAU